GCCACCUGUGGCCGGCGGGCUUGGCAGGUCGGGGGCGACGCAGCUCCGGCGCGGGUACCAGUUCAAUAUGGCCAGCCUAAGACGCAUGUUCCAAAUAGCCUCAGCUCUCCAGCCCCCAUCAUCUGGACGGAGGAUCCAGUUUUUCAACACUAUACCCAGCCAGACAUCAGAAAAGAAUGUCCCAUACCAGAAGACUCUGAAGGAGGGUGACUCCCAAGGAAAAAGUCCCACCCAGCCACUCCCUGCUUCAGUAGAUGUGGUGGUGGUUGGAGGAGGCAGUAUUGGAUGCCAAACCAUCUAUCAUCUUGCUAAGAUGGGGGUGACCAAUGUCGUCUUACUUGAGAGGGAUCGACUGACUUCUGGGACAACCUGGCACACAGCAGGUCUCUUGUGGCAGCUGCGCCCAAGUGAUGUGGAAGUUGAGCUCUUAGCUCACACCCGUAAUGUGGUCAGCCGGGACUUGGAGCAAGAGACAGGCCUCCAUACAGGAUGGAUUCAAAAUGGAGGCCUCUUCAUUGCUUCUAACAAACAACGAUUAGAUGAAUACAAGCGACUCAUGUCUCUGGGUAAAGUUUAUGGUGUUGAAUCCUACAUCCUGUCCCCUGGAGAGACCAAGGACUUGUAUCCCUUGAUGAAUGUGGACGACCUCUAUGGCACACUCUAUGUUCCCAAAGAUGGCACUAUGGAUCCUGCAGGCACUUGUACCACCCUUGCUCGGGCAGCCACUGCCCGAGGUGCUCUGAUUAUUGAGAACUGCCCUGUGACUGGUAUCAAGGUGAGAACAGACGACCUGGGUGUACAGAGGGUGGCAGCUGUGGAGACGAGCCAUGGAACCGUCCAGACUCCCUGCGUGGUGAACUGUGCAGGUGUGUGGGCCCGAGCCCUGGGGAAGAUGGCCGGUGUCAACGUGCCUCUCGUGGCGAUGCAUCAUGCCUACGUUGUGACAGAGAGAAUCGAGGGCAUCCAGAAUAUGCCGAAUGUUCGAGAUCACGAUGCAUCGGUGUAUCUGCGUCUCCAAGGCGAUGCCCUUUCUGUGGGUGGAUAUGAGUCAAACCCAAUUUUCUGGAAGGAGGUAUCAGAGAACUUUGCCUUUGGGCUCUUUGAUCUCGAUUGGGAUGUGUUUACACCGCACAUUGAAGGCGCUGUCAACCGAGUCCCCGUUUUGGAGAAAACAGGAAUUAAAUCCACAGUCUGUGGGCCAGAAUCCUUCACUGCUGACCACAAGCCUCUCAUGGGGGAAGCGCCAGAGGUCCAAGGCUUUUUCCUGGGUUGCGGUUUCAACAGUGCUGGAAUGAUGCUAGGCGGUGGCUGUGGGAAGGAGCUGGCCCACUGGAUAGUUCAUGGGCGUCCUGAAAAGGACAUGUAUGGCUAUGAUAUCAGGAGAUUUCACCACUCCCUCACUGGAAACAAUCGCUGGAUCCAAGAGCGGAGCCACGAGUCAUACGCCAAGAACUACUCUGUCGUCUUCCCUUAUGAUGAGCCCCUGGCAGGCCGCAACCUAAGGAAGGACCCCCUGCAUGAGGAGCUUCUUCAGCAAGGCUGUGUCUUUCAGGAGAGACACGGGUGGGAGAGGCCAGGCUGGUUCAAUCCAGAGGGUGAAGCACAGGUUCUAGAUUAUGACUAUUAUGGGGCAUAUGGCCAUAAACCUCAUGAUGACUAUGCUUAUAACCAGCUGCUGUCGGAUGAGUACACUUUUGAUUUCCCCCGUCAUCACAAAAUUAUCAGGAAUGAGUGCUUAACCUGCCGAAAUGCACUGGCUGUAUUCAACAUGUCUUACUUCGGCAAAUUUUACCUUGUUGGCCCUGAGGCUACGAAAGCGGCCAACUGGCUAUUUACGGCUGAUGUUAGAAAGCCCGCAGGGGCAACUGUCUACACAUGCAUGCUAAAUGAACGCGGGGGAGUUGAAAGUGACCUGACUGUCAGUCCAAUAGAGCCCAGCAGCCUGGAUUCAGCACUGGCACCAGCCUUUGAAGGAGAUGGCUACUACCUCGCUAUUGGAGGGGCUGUGGCCCAACAGAACUGGUCUCACAUCACCAGGACACUGCAGGACCAGAAGUUUCGGUGCCGGUUGAUUGACCAAUCAGAAGAGCUUGGGAUGAUCAGCAUUCAAGGGCCAUCUAGCCGUGCAGUCUUGCAGGAAGUGCUUGAUUCAGAUCUCAGCAAUGAGGCCUUCCCAUUCUCCACCCACAAGCUGGUGAAAGCUGCAGGCUGCAUGGUCCGUGCCAUGAGGCUGUCAUUUGUAGGAGAGAUGGGCUGGGAGCUUCAUGUGCCCAAGAAGCACUGCGUGAGCGUCUACCGGUCUGUCAUGAAAGCUGGUGCCAAGUAUGGCAUAACCAAUGGUGGCUACAGGGCCAUUGACUCCCUCAGCAUUGAAAAAGGCUACAGACACUGGCAUGCAGACCUCCGGCCUGAUGACACUCCCCUAGAGGCUGGCCUGGCUUUUACAUGCAAACUUAAAACUGAUAUCCCUUUCCUUGGACGGGAAGCCAUAGAGACCCAGAAAACAGCUGGAAUAUUCCGCCGCCUCGUCUGCUUCACUGUUGAUGAAAAGGUGCCCAUGUUUGGGUUGGAGGUCAUUUGGAGAAACGGCGAAGUUGUAGGACACAUCCGGAGAGCCGACUUUGGAUAUGCUGUCAACAAGACCAUCGCGUAUGGGUACAUCCGGAAUCCUGAGGGAGGGCCGGUCACUUCAGAGUUUGUGAAAAAGGGUGAAUACACUCUGGAAAGAAUGGGCGUUCCUUAUCCCGCCAAAGCCCAUAUCAAGUCACCUUUUGACCCAGACAACAAGAGAGUGCGAGGGAUAUACUGAAAUGAAUGGUCACAGAACUGGAUCAUGGGAAGAAAAGGGGCGGAUGAAUUGACCACAACCACAGCAGUCUGAGAUGGAAGAAGAGCACAGCAAGCCAGCAGGAUCUCUGUGAUGUUCUCUUUUUUUAUAUUGCCGAAGGCUGUCACACAAGCCUCAGGUGUCACACAAGCCUCAGGUAUUACGCCCUUUUGCUAGGCUGCGGCCCAACAUUCUCUUUUUUAAUUUUCGUGUGGGGGUGGGAUGAUUUGGCAAUUUCCACAACACCCUGAACUUUAACAACAGACUUGCUGGACGAGGCCAUGGUCCAACUAACCCAGUCUUCUGUUUCUAACCGCAUCUGGCCAGAGGCAUCCUUCUGUUGGUUGUCUACAGCACCCACUACUCACAGAUACGCUGCUGCUGAACAGGGAGUUUCCAUUUAGCUUUGUAGGACCUCUUACUGUUCUGGAUGACAACAACCAGAAAUGAAUGGCAUCAAAUGCCUUCCCGCCCUUCACAUUGUCUCUGCUGCAAACAUGAAAUAAUCUUGUCUUAAAUCUUAAUUAUGAGUUGUAAUUGAUUGACUGAAGCUUUAUGUUUGCAUGUGAAUAAAUUCAGUUUGA